GUGCGGGGUGGGGGGGCGAGGAGGAAGAAGACCAUAGAGACGAAGAGGCGGCGGUGGCUGGAGCGGCCCCGGGCUCUCUCGGCUCGGUAGGCUCAGGUAGCUUUGGCGGCGACUGGGCUGCAGCUGCAAAGGCCGGGCUGGCGGGCGAGCGCGGGCCGCGGAGCAGGCCUCAGGAAGAGGCCCCUUCUCCGAAUGCCCUCAUGGAGGCAUUGGCUACAGUGUCCGAAUCUUGGAAAAGAAAGCCCCUUUCUCAAGGUGAAAGGAGUGUUGUGAACUUCUGAGGGACUGAUCGAUAUUGGUGAACCGUUUGAUGUAAAAGACUUGACUCCAUAAUCUUCCAUCUGCCCUAAUGCUGUCAUCCGGAGUAGAGACUCAGCCAGUUCCACUUGAUUCCUCCAUGUCUGCCGUGGUACAGGAAUUAUACUCUGAACUCCCAGUGAGUGUCUCCAAAGAGCUUCAUGCUGACCCUGAGCCAAGUGUGAUUCCAGAUGUAAAACCCGCAGCCUCAAGCUCUCUUAUAAGUCAGAGUAGGGCAGUGCCCUUGGAGCUGCAGAGGACUUGUGCAGAAAGUUGUUGUGAAGAAACUUCUGGCACCUUGGAUCAUGGGGGUGAGCCUGGGCGGUGUGGGCUGGUGGACACCACAGCAGGAGGUUCUGUGGCUUCUGGGAUCUUGGAUAGGGAAGAGAAAACCAAGAGCAUGGAGCUAAAGGUCUUCAGAAAUCAAGGGGACCAGGCGGAAAUUAUAAGAGACCCCUGUGAGGGAGCAAAGGAAGACCCACAUCAACAUUCCACAGCUGCUGAAGAAAAGAUCAGCCCAAGUCAGGAAGACCUCCUGAUGCAGUCAAGCAAAGAACAUUUAUGCACAGGGCUCCCUGAAGACUGUUUGAGGAACAAAGAAGGAAAUGUACAAAUUACAACUGGAACUCUGCUUAUAUCUACUGAAGAAGUACAAGGUAUGAAGGUCAAUGGGACUAAGACGGAUUAUAAUGAAGGACACAAGAAUGGCAAUGUGAGUAAAGGUCUCUCAGCUGGGUGCAGCGAAUACCCAGAAGUAGACAAAACCAUGACCAGUGGUGAGGUUUCAGAAACCAGCACAUUAGUUUCCCUAGAGCCUUUAAUCUUUGUGGACCCUGGAUUAACAGAAGCAUCUUCUAAAGAAAAAGAAUGUGAAGAAUUAAAAACUUGUCCUUCUUGGUUGUCAUUAUUACCAGGGAACAGUGCCAUUUCCAAAGUGGACAGUGAGAAGGAAGAGUUGUCUAAGUUAAACCUUGUCUGUGAAGCAGAUGACAAUCACCAACAGAUUCUCGGCCACCAUAAUGAAAACCACAGUUUUGCCCAUGGCAGUCCCAGGGCCACAAGAAAUGUAGUUUGUGUAGAACCCUUAGAAGAAAAUUCUGACAUUUCAUAUUUCUCAUCAAGUUUGUCUGGUCCAGAAUCCAGAACAACAUCCUUAGAAACAUGUGGUUUUGAUGGCUUGCUGAAGGGAUCUGCUAAGAAGACAGACAAUUCCUGUUUUGAUGGGGGUGAUCAAAGCAAGAACUUGGCUACUAGAAGAGAAAAUGAACAGUUUUUGAACCUCAGGAGUGAAAGAGGGGAACUCUUUCUUGUUAAUGCCAGGCAACCAGAAGAGGAUGCUAAUGGUCAUUGUCCUGGUGAAAAAGAGACUGUUACCUCCCCAAAAGUGAAUAUUCAUGGUAACUGUUGCAUUCAAGACAGUAUCCAUACAGACAGCCCUGUUUCUUUAGUGCCCAAUUCUUUCACUGAAGCCACGGAAGUAACGUUAAAAAAAAAUGACUUAAAAAUCACUUUAGACACUCAAGGUAGCUUGACAAACCAUGAGGACCAUAGAGGAACUUCUACAGAUAUGAGCCAUCCAGGCAGACACUCUGAAGAGAACAGUUUUUCCUCCUUAAUGCAGAUUGAAGAGCCAGAACAGACAACCACUAUAGAGCCCAAUAUGGUAACUGAAAAGAUUUACAGUAAAGACUCUAACUCCUUAGUCUGCACCCAGAAAAAUCUGGAAGGCAACACCCCGUUAAAUGAAGCAUCAUGUAAUGAAUUUCUGAAUGAAAGAAAAUCCCUUGUGAGUUUAAUGCCAGAGGACCAGAUAAGUCCUAUGAAUGAGGUGUCAAAACCCAAGAAAGAUACUGCUCAGUUACCACUAUCCCUAGAACUUGAUUACAGACCUGAGUCAGAACAAGCUGUACAGACCUCACUGGACGAUAGUUCACAUUUAGAUGAGCAGAGCACUGCCUGUGAGAUGAAUGAACUUCCUCGUACCAAUGAACUGGUUAUAAACAAAAUAGAAAGUGAAUGUGCUUUAAAUCAAGUGCUGCUUAAUUCUCAAGACCAUGCAAAGUUGUCAGCUAACAAAGAGAUGCCUUUAGCAACAAGCAAGGAUUCCCAACAGAGCCAUCACCCUCCAUUAGAGGAUGGAGCAGAUGUCACUGCUGAUACCCAGACCAUUCCCAUCAAAACAAAAAUGAAAGACAUCUCUCCAUCAGGUGACAAAACCUGUGGUGCCUCUUCAAACAAUCCCACCUUAAACAUCAAACCAGGAAGCCUAGAAAGAAAAGACAAGAUGGCUGAUUCAGGAAUAGUACAUCUACAUUCCAGCCUUCUCUCAAGAAAGAAAGAAUCAGCAGUCUUGCCUCAAGAGGUCUCUGCUAUGGAAUGUCAAAGUGUUCAAUCUCAGGAUCUCUCUAGCUGUCAUUGUGUAAAUAAAAAUGCACGAGAAAAGAGCAUGUGUUCUGUUUGUGCUGAGUUUGAGUCCAGCAGAAUCAUCCUAGAAGUUGAAAACUCUUUAAUAACCAAGUGUGAAGAUGCAUUUCAGCACAGCAGUGACCACUCCCAAAGAAGAGAAGUCUGCACGGAAAGUAGCACCCAUAAAGUGGGUUACACAUCAGAAGAAAGUGAACUUGCUAGGGGAGAAACUAAAGGCAGCCUCCCAGGAAAUCAGAUCAGAAACGAUACACCAGUAGGCAUGUUAAGUAGUGAAGCUUCAGACAAAACCAUUCCCACCACCAGUCACACCCAGCCCCGUGAGGAAAGUCUGAAAGCAAAGGAAUGGGAUGUACCUAAAGAGACUGUGUUUUGCGAGUAUAACAUCUCUGACUGUUCCACACCAGAACUAAAUUUAUCUGCAAACAUUCCAAGCCCUGAAAAAUUUUUGGACCAGUCUCCUACUAUUAUGUUCUCCAGUUUCAAAACCAUGAGCCAAGCAGUUGAAACUCUUGAUCAAAAAGGAGAUAAAGUUCUUGACUGCCAGAGUAACCAAAACAGACCAGAUGAAUGCAGAAGUGAAGAUAAACCAGCUAAGCAGACACUACAUGGUGAUGAGAGGGAGACUGUUACAGAACCUAACAGAGAGGUAAGCAACAAUCAAAAGGAUCUGUUAGUUGGUUCAGGCAGUAACAACCCUUUGUCUGGUGGUAGUUCAAAGAAAGGCAAUUUGAAAGGAGACGAUGGACAUAUUUCUGGUUGUGAGGAGUCCACAGAUGGCAUGGUAGACACUGUCUACACAGACUGUGGUAAUAAGUCUACAGAAAGCAUGUUGGACUUACAGACAUCUAGUACCCUUGAUGGUGGUGCAGGACAAGAUGGACUGACGUUACAGGAUACCUCAGUGAGUACUCUGCCUCAGAGAGGAGAACUGAAUGCUGCAUUUAUCAGAAUGAUUGACCAGGACUCAGAUUUUCCAGAUGCUACUUCCUCUAAAGUGGAGCCUCUGGAAAUGAAAAAAUCAUGUGAAGAGAAAGUAUGCAGAUCAUUAAAAGAUUGUGAAGUGGAAGUGUGUCCAGACUCUUGUGCCAGUGAGAUAGAGUCUGUUGCAGAUCAUGAAUCAGAUACAAAAAUAUUGGAUGGUAUAAAUGUGUCCUUAGAUAAUACUUAUCAUGAAGAGCAAGUUAAAGAAGCAUCCCUGAGAGAAACACAAGGAAUGAUUGAAGGAUCAAGACUGGAAAUAAAUUCUGAGUUUGACAAGGAAAAUACCUUUGGAAUUUCCUCAGAAGAGUUACUGUCUUCUGGAUGCCCGGAUGAGAGCCCUGUUCCCAUAGGGAGCCUGAAAUCCAUUGAGACAAUGCCUUUGUAUCUGUUUUCUCAAGAAAAUUCAGAAAGUAAUGUUAAUAGUGGAGAAACUGAGCUGAAAAAACCUUUUAAACCAAAAGAUGGUAAAAUCCUUUGUGAAAACAUAGAGCACCGCACAGUCCUGCUUGAGACAAAGGAAGGAGCGCCAGGGGAUGGGAGUAAUUCUAGUGAAGGACUCAGAAUAGACAGCAGUAUGCAAAAUUUGCCUUUGACAAUGGAAACAGAAACUAAGUUGAAAGGAGAAGAAACUGAAGCACAUCAGAGGGUACCCCUGGGUUACUUAACUGUCAGUGAAGAGUCUGAGAAGAUGAUCACCAGAGAAGCUGGUAAUAAUAAAGGGAGAGAGAUUUCUCAGACCCACUCUAAAUCCCAGAGGAUGCUUGGUGAUCCUGGAGAGCUACAAAGCCAGAGGGCUUUGGACUACAUGUUGCAGAAUGAAGAGGAAUAUCUACAUCAAAAGGACGCACACAGGAUAUUGGAACAAUGUGCAUCAUCUAAUGUGUUGUCAGAUGAAGUGCAAGAUAAGAACCAAACUAAGGAUUGCAAAGGUGAGUCCACCAUGAUGAAGGAAAUCACUCUAGCAAAGCUAGCCAAGGGCAGCACUGCUGCACAGUUUCAGAAGCUGGAAAAUCCAAAGGAGGAAAGCUUGUGCCAUCCAUUAAAAACAGACAUGGUGUCAUACACAGAUCCUUGCCUUCGUGGUGCCCCUCAGAAAGCACAAAACCCCAACUCUGCUGGAUGUGAUGAAAUACACGGUGCCUUUGGGAACACUUCAUAUCAGAAAAGAGUGCUUCCCUUAAAGAAGCAGCCCCAUCGAACAUGUAAGAAAGUUUCCUAUCAGGAGCAAGUCAACAUUGGGAAAAAAAUAAGUAAAAUCAGAAGUUCUGCCUUUUUAAAGAGUUCCUCUGAAACCAUUCCCACAAAAGCACACAGAUUUCUCAGUUCAUGUGCUAUUUCUGCACCCGCACAAUUGGAACCUGAAACAGUACCAACCAGGAGCUUAAUGAGCCACAUACCAAAGCAGAAGGUGACUCCGUGCCAUUCCUUGAGGAGCCUGAAUGUUAGGAAGCCUACCAAAGAAUCAGCCUUACUAAACAAGCUGUCCAUUCUUGCCUCCAGACUGGUCCCCGCCACAAAGACCCAGAAACUAAGAUAUCGGCGAUGUUCCUCUGAACUUCUUCCAGUGGCUAAAAGCUACAAGCGGCUCAGAUACAAAAGGUUUCUGGAUGGAUUUUCAUACAAUACAAUGCAGCUGAAUCCAUAUUUGGCAUCUAGUGGAUGGGAUAAGAGACCUAACAGUAAGCCCUUGACACUUUAUUCGCUCGAAGCCAUCAAAAUGAGCUUCAUAGAUUUGAGCAACAAGGUGCCAUCACUGCUAUUUGGUUCCGAAAUUUUCCCGAUGUCUUUUCACAUGAAAUCGGGCUCUGAGUGCAUGACUGAGUCCCCAAGGACUUUUCCUGAGCACUGUGCUCCAGCCAGGCUCGCCUUAGGAGAGGCCCCUAGGUGCCUGUCUCAACCUCCCAAAUGGACCUUUUCUUUCUUCUUAUCCCACAGUUGCCCUGGGAUGGCCACAUUCAGGGAAGACACUGGCCCCCAUGGUCAGGCAUAUGCCCAGGCUCCUUCACAGCCUCCAGGUCCUCUCCAAGACUAUGGAGGCACCGCCAUAGUCCAGACCAGAGCAGGCUGCUCUGUCCUUGGCCUUCACACACUUCUAGCACUUUGUUCUCCUGGAUGUUACCGAAUCUGGACAAAAAAACGGAGCUUCUCCAGUCACAUGCCUACAAUGCAGAGGCUCUUCAUGACCCAGUUUACACAAGGCUUAAAGGGGUUAAGAUCUCCAGCCUCCAUAGCAGACAAGGUCUUCUGUUCUCUGCCCUACUCGGUGGGCCGAGUGCUAUCCAUUUGGAGCCAGCGUGGGCCUUCUACCUGCCCCUUUGAAAUCUCUACUUUUCAUUCCACUCACAGCAAGAGGCAGCCAACUCUGAGCACCACAAACAGCCACACCAUGUUACCGUAUGUGCCUCUUCCAGGCAUGGAAGCUACUUAUAACACCAAUGGCAGUCAGAUGAGACUAGAGCCUCCGUUCCCUGCCUUGGUACCAAAGUCUUGCUUAGUAACAGACUCAGCUGUCACCAAGCUCCUGCUUUCAGCCUCCGAGUUCCCGGUUCCUGGAUUUGAUGAGCUAGAUGAUGUGGCAGCAGCAUGCCCCCAUCCACAGAGCAGUCCUCCAGAACAGAAGGAGGCCGAGCCAGAGAAGAGGCCAAAGAAAGUCUCACAGAUUCGUAUCCGGAAAACCAUUCCUAAACCAGACCCUAAUCUUACCCCCAUGGGCCUUCCUCGACCCAAAAGAUUAAAGAAAAAGGAGUUUAGUUUAGAAGAAAUAUAUACCAACAAGAAUUAUAAGUCUCCUCCUGCAAACAGGUGUUUGGAGACCAUCUUUGAGGAACCUAAGGAACGAAAUGGUACGCUAAUCUCAAUCAGCCAACAGAAGAGAAAACGAGUUCUAGAAUUUCAGGAUUUUACAGUCCCACGAAAGAGGAGAGCUCGUGGUAAAGUCAAGGUGGCAGGCAGCUUUACCAGGGCCCAGAAGGCAGCUCUGCAGAGUCGAGAGCUGGAUGCUCUGUUGAUACAGAAACUAAUGGAAUUGGAGACCUUUUUUGCCAAGGAAGAGGAGGAGCAGGAGCGAUCAUCUGGUUGUUGAAAAGCAGUUUGGUUUAGGGGUCUCAAUUUUAGAUUUUCCAGUCUCCUUGGAAGAAGUUGCCUAAUUUUGCCCUACCGCCCAAACUACUCAAAAUGCAGUCCGUGGAUUUUACCUAUUUUAAGGUGCAACCUUUUUAGGAAAUGGUGAAGGAGGGUCCUCUACUUCUACUGCUGAGUAUUGAACCUCAGGAAUGUUCCCUUUCUCCUGGAAAUGGUCCUGAAAACCAUCUGGCCCCCUCCUCCUCACACUCGCCAUCCACAGGAGGAGGACUCAGCAUACCUUCAGUAACACUAGAAUUCCAAGGACUCAUAGCAUUUGCACGUCCGUGUGAAAGUUCUGCGUUGUUUACGGUGGUGCUAGACCAAGAUUAUUUAGAGACGUGGCCUAGGGAGGGGGACCUGGCGUCCUGUUGUUUGUGGUCUCACCAGCUCAUUUCAGUAGUUGAGGAAAGAUGAGCUGUUGUGUUUCCUAAUCCUUUUGAGUCUGUCUGCCCAGAAUCGUGUGUGUGCGUGUGCGUGUGUGUGUGUGUGUGUGUG